AUGCACUGUGCACUCGUCGCAAUUUUCGCUCUGUUGGCAGUUUAUGCCCAAGCACAAAAUUGUAACGGCAAGCUAAGCGCUGCGGUACGAAAGACCAUUGUUGAUUUGCAUAACAAAUACAGAUCGGAGGUAGCAAGAGGCAUAGCUACUAUGAAAGGAGGAAAGAAAACUCCACAGGCUAGCAAUAUGAACAAAUUGGUUUAUGACUGCCAGUUAGAGCGAGAAACUCAAGCCUGGGUAGAUAAAUGCCAGAAGGCGCAUUCACCUAACUCAAGAAAUGCAUCUGAGAAUUUAUAUUUUGCUUGGGGUGGUUCCAACACCCAAGAAACUCACUUGCCAAGGGCUAUCGCAAGCUGGUAUAGUGAAAUUUCUAAGUACGAUGCCUCUGAUCCACAGAAUGCUCUUACAAUGAAUAUGAUCUGGGCUGAAUCAACCUUAGUUGGGUGUGGAUUUUCAAACACUUGCCCUGACAACAUGGUUUACGUGGCUUGCCGUUAUCGCAAGAUGGGCAAUUAUCUAAAUCGAAGCAUUUACAAGAAAGGAGCUCCCUGCAGGAAGUGUGAAAGUGGCAGAGGCUGUUCAGCAUAUGAAGGGUUAUGUGUUGCCUAA